UUUCAAAGCAGCUUCUUACUGCCGGGCAAAAUAAAAAGCGUCUAAGCUUCCUCUGUUUUGGCUCUGCUACCGAGCCAUAUUUUCGCUGUGAUACGCGGGAGAAGCAGCCACACUAAGAUACACCACAUCCUAUCGUCCUUGACGACAAGAUGGCGGCCUUGAACGUCGUCAAGACUCCCUUCCAGACUCUAUUCGCUGUGCCGAUGACAUGCGAUCAUUGUGUCAGCACAAUAUCCGAAGCACUGUAUCGCCUUGGGGGGAUCUCCAAGGUCGAUGCCAACCUCAAGGACCAGCUCGUAGCGGUUGAGGGAACCGCCGCACCGUCUGCGAUUGUUAGCGCCAUCGAAGCGACUGGUCGGGAUGCCAUCUUGCGGGGGUCAGGCGCAUCCAACAGUGCCGCUGUAUGCAUCCUCGAGACGUACCACCGCAACGAGAAAGGCGGCGAGGCAUUAGUACCAGCCUCUGACCCCGAAGCAGCCACAGGAGGAUCAGGAGCCAGCGACAGGGAGGUACGGGGCUUAGCCCGUAUGGUGCAAGUCUCUCCGACCACAACUCUUGUGGACCUCACGCUGCGCGGCGUCGCGCCUGGCCUAUACUCGGCCAGCAUACGAGAAUACGGCGACCUCAAAUUCGGCGCGACAUCUACGGGUCCGGUCUGGGCGGGCGGCAGCGGCACGGGUCAGCCUCGUGGCAUCCUUGGCACCAUACAGAUUGGAGAAGAUGGCCGAGGUGCCGUGUUUCUGGACCACCCCUUCCAGGUCUGGGAAGUCAUCGGACAUGCGAUGGUCGUAUCCAGACAGGCGGAAGGGAUCGCGGGGGCGGGGUUGACGAAUGACGAGAACACCGUCGUGGGCGUCAUCGCGAGGAGUGCCGGCAUGUGGGACAACGACAAGACAGUGUGUUCGUGCACUGGGAAGACACUCUGGGAGGAAAGGAAAGACGAGGUUAGAAAGGGAAUGAUAUGAUGCGACGUGGCAUGGUAUGAUCCGAUUUCUCGUUCGUUGGCUUGUUUUCGCAUCAUCCAUAGUUCCUGUUCCUGAGGGGUGGAAAAGGAGCGAGCGCCUAUAAAGACCUUGUCAUGAUCAAAUCCGGCAUCUUCUAGACUCCAAUCUUAAGUUGAACAGCACAGGCAGUUUAC